AUGCAUCGGCGGGAUAAAAGGAUUGAGGAGAUGGAAGAAGACUUGUUCGAUGAUGAGGCAAUGGCGAACGAUUUCAGGAAAGGGACAGGAGGACCCAAGCGAUUUCGCUAUAAUGAACUGGCCACGGCCACGGGUAACUUCUCAAACAGCAGAAAGCUCGGAGAAGGAGGUUUUGAUUCUGUAUACAAAGGAUUCGUCAAGGACUCGAAGCUUGAUGUGGCAAUAAAAAGAGUGUCCAAGAGUUCAAACAUGGGGAGGAAGGAGUAUAUCUCCGAGGUGAUGACCAUUAGCCGGCUUCAGCACCGCAAUCUCGUGCAACUCAUUGGCUGGUGCCAUGGCGGCGAGCUCUUUCUUGUCUAUGAGCUGAUGCCCAGUGGCAGUCUCGACAGUCACCUUUACAGUACGAAGGAUGUAUUGACGUGGCCGGUCAGGCAUGAGAUAGUGUUGGGGAUCAGCUCAGCGCUUCUGUAUUUGCACCAAGAGUGGGAGCAAUGUGUAUUGCACCGGGACAUCAAGCCGAGCAACAUCAUGCUGGACACGUGCUUCAGCGCCAAACUUGGCGACUUCGGGCUCGCAAGGCUCGUUGACCAUUGCCAUGGGUCGCACACGACAGAUCUCGCCGGCACCAUGGGGUAUAUGGACCCGGACUGCAUGGUGACAGGCAGGGCCACCACCGAGUUAGACAUCUACAGCUUUGGCGUCGUCCUACUCGAGAUAGCCUGUGGACGCAGGCCUGUCGUGGUCCUGCCAGAUGACAGUGUGAUCCACCUGGCUAAACGGGUGUCGGAGUUGUGCAGCCAGGGAAGGGUCCUUGACGCUGCGGACUCAAGGCUGAUCGGGGAGUUCGACGUCCGGGAAAUGGAAUGCGCGAUCAUCGUCGGGCUCUGGUGCACUGCCCAUGACCGGAGCCUGAGACCUUCCAUUAGGCAGGCCACCAGCGUGCUAAGGUUCGAGGCUCCACUACCGAGCCUCCCCACAAGGAUGCCGGUUGGCCCACCAGGCUCUCUUCUUCCAUCUUUGCUUGUUUCUGAUGACCAUAGCAAUAAAACUAGCAGCACGCACCUCAGCUAG